GUGCCGGUCACUUGUUUGUUCUCCACGGACCACAGUCCACACUUUGCUGACGAUAUAGAGACAAGAAUUGAAUAUAAUACAACAAUAUAAUGUCGUGGGCGAAUCCAAUCAUCGUUAUCCGUCCGACAGCAGCAGUUGUUCCCCGUUUGAGGUUUCGCAAUCCCAGCAGUAGUUUUGUCGCCCUGAGACUGAGACUGAGAGCAGGAUUUCCGAGGAAAGUUCCUCGGAGGUCCGUGCACUGGAUUAGCAGAAGCCGCCGGAGCGUUGGAGUGGAGGAUGAGGACUACGGUGUUCUUCCCACAGGGUUCGAACUAGAACAAGAACACCUUAUUAAUGGGUCGUCCCAGAUUAAUAUUGUCGGAUUUUCUCAGCUUGAACCCACUCUCAACAAUAUGAGUAAAUGGGUGGUGGUUGCAGUCUUUGGUGCAAUUCUGCUAUGGAGGCAUGAUGCAGAAUCACUAUGGGCUGCAAUGGGCUCAGCUAUAAAUUCCGGUCUCUCAAUCAUUCUGAAGAGGAUGCNGACUUUUUUAGAAUCUAUCCCCACCCCCACCGGGUGCGGUGCCGGUCACUUGUUUGUUCUCCACGGACCACAGUCCACACUUUGCUGA